AUCUAUUUUUUUUAUUUUUUUUUUGGUCAAAUAGAAAGUAUAUGGUAUAGUAUAAAAAGGUAUAAGAAAAAGAAGAAGAAAGAAAAAGAAAGAGUGAAAAAGGUACAAACAUACAUACACAAUUAAGACUUGAUUCUAUACGGUUGGGCCGAUACACACACGACGCACAAACAUCAGAAAAUAAAAACUUUUUUCUUUCUUUCAUUGUGAUUGGAAGAAGGAAACUAUACACACCACAAGGUUACUAGUAAAUAGACGUGUUUAAAGCGCGUUCCUUUUUUCCCUUAUUUUCUAUUAAAACCAUGUAUAGAAGAAGAAAGCUUAUUCAAGAAGAAAAGCCGCCUAUUCCAGACAAGCUUGAAGAUUUUGGCUAUAGACUAAAAGAAAACGGUGAAAUAAGAAGUAUUUCUUUAGACGAACCCUAUGAAUUUGAUUAUUUGCCUAAAGAUAGAUCUUAUAAUGAAAAGCGUUAUGAUAAACUCAUUGAUAUUAUUGGUGACGAGGUAGAAAAAAGACUUCAAGCAGAACCUUAUCAUUAUCAGAAAGUGUAUCUUCCUAAAGGCGUUGAUCCCGAGAAAGAAGUGCAUUCUUAUUUCUACAUGACACCUAAUGCUUUAACAACAACGGGUAAACUCUUGAUCAUGAUUCCCAAUAAUGCUACUCGAGUGGGUCAAUGGAGCAAAAGAGUCAUGUGUGAUCAAAAUAUUAAAACAGGUUCUAUGAUGCAGAUCACUGAACUUGUGAAAGAGAAAGGAUAUGAAGCCAUUAUUCUGAAUUCCAAUGGCAAUUUUUGGCAUGAUGGUCGUGCUCAGUCUACUUUCCCACCUCACGCAAGCACCAUUACUGAAAUCCCAGGCAGCGAAACACCAGAGAAGCAUUGUCAAUAUGUGUUCCAUCAUUUUAUCAAAAACGCAAAAGCAGAAAAAAUAGCGGUAAUUGCCAUGGGUUGGGGUGGACAUUGUUUUACUCUUACGCUGAACAAUGAAUUUGAUUUUAUCAAGGAUCGAGUCAAAGUUAUUGCCAUGACAGACAGUGCUCAUGGAAGUGAUAUGAUUGAAGGUUCUGAUAAGCGUGCCUUUAUGUUUGAUAACUGUAUCAAUUGGAUUGUGAACGCAAAAGCAAAAGGAGAACUUGUACAGGAUGCUCGUUUUGGAUGUACAUGUAUUUCUUCAGCACUCGAGAUUUCUGAUUUUACAAUGACUGAAAUGUUGGACGAUAUUCUUAAAUUCGUCUUUGUUAAAAUGGGUGAUAUUGAGCCAGAACCUGAAAAUGAUGAAGAAGAUGAUGAAACCUUUCUUUUGAAUGAAGCCAAGCGAUUGGAAAUCGAAGAUCCUUAAUAAAGCAUUGACAUCUAUUUAUUUGUUUGUCAUGCCGCAGUGCUAUGCUUGUAUGUUGUGAAUAUAUGUACGCAUAUGAUUCUUUGCUGCAUUUUACUCUAUAGAUAAACAAAAAUAUACACAUAUAUA